AUGAGCGCUGCUAAUACAGGCACUGCCCCGCCAGAUGGGUUACCGCCAGUGACCUUCGCUCUCGUUGACGACAAGAACAAUACGAAGCACUCCACGUCCAUCAGAAACGAGGAGCCGACUCCCGAGGUCAAUAUUAGACCCGAGCGAGAGCCCACUUUCAAAGACUACCUACGCGUCUUCUCAUAUGCCACAAAGUGGGACAUUUUUGCCUACUUCGCUGCCGGCCUUGCUUCGAUUGCUGCCGGCACUACCUUGCCAUUGAUGAACAUCGUCUUCGGUCAGCUCAUCAGCCAGUUCAAUGCAUUCGGUGCCACAACCACAGCAGACGACUUCAAGAGAGUCGCUGACAGACAGGCCCUCUACCUCUUCAUUUUGUUCCUGGCUCGAUGGAUUCUUAACUACAUCAACAAGUUUGGCUUCCGGAUGAUCGGGAUUCGGUUGUCCGCCGCCAUCCGCUUACACUACCUCCAACGUCUUUUUGGCCAGACUAUCCACGUACUCGAUUCGAUGCCGGCUGGGGCGGCGGCUGCCACCAUCACCUCCACCGCCAACACCCUUCAGAUUGGCAUAUCAGAAAAACUCGGGGUCUUCCUCGAGUUCAACGGCACUAUCUGGACAGCUAUCAUCGUGGCUUUCAUCUACAGCUGGUCCCUGACUCUUGUUACAGCAUCUGUUAUCCUGUUCAUUUUAUUUGUCCUGGCGGUCCUGCUGCCUUUCGUCAUCAAAGGCCACACCCAGAUGACAAAAGCGGAGGGUAAGGCUUCGGCUGUCGCCAGUGAGGCGUUUUCAAGCAUCCGAAUCAUCACCGCUUGUGGCGCGGAAAACCGCGUUGCUGCUCGCUAUGCGCACUGGGUUACUGUUGCGCGACAGAAGGGCCAAUCUACGGCUCCUUUGAUAGCACUUCAGUUUGGUCUUGUUUUCUUUGCUCUCUUCGGUGCAUUUGGUCUUGCCUUCUGGUAUGGUACACAUUCCUGGGUGGACGGACGAGUCGACAAUGUUGGCGAGGUUAUCAUCGUCCUGAUGUCGGUCAUGCUCGUCGUCAUGUCUCUCGAGCGUAUCAGUACACCUCUGCUUGCCAUCAGCAAGGCAAUGGUAGCAGCAUGCGAGUUCCUCACUGUCAUUGACGCUCCCCGUCCGAGAACCGGUGAGCUGAAGGACACCCAGGUUUCCGCCAACCAGAAUAUUGAAUUCAAGGGCGUCACCUUCGCUUAUCCAAGCCGACCGCAUGUUAAAGUCUUGGAUGGCUUGGACCUGACCAUCGAGGCUGGCAAAGUCACAGCCAUCGUUGGGCCCUCGGGCUCGGGCAAGAGUACCAUAGUGGGCCUGAUUGAGCGCUGGUACACCCUGCAAGACCAGCACGUUAUCGCCAAGACAAUCGAAAAGGACAAGACGAAAGGAGCCCAGAAGACGAAAGGAAAAAAGAAGGUCAGAGAUGAUUCGGACGAGGAGGAGACAUCCAAACCCGAGGAAGCUGGAGCUGCCGUUGAAUUGAAGGGUUCUAUCACCACCUCUGGCCAUGCUCUCGACGAUAUCGAGCUGAAAUGGUGGCGGUCUCAGAUCGGUCUGGUCCAGCAAGAGCCUUUCUUGUUCAACGACACCAUCUUUAAUAAUGUCGCCUACGGUCUCAUUGGCUCCCAAUGGGAAGACGAACCCGAAGAAAAGAAGAGGGAGCUUGUCAAGGAGGCUUGCCAGGAAUCGUUUGCAGAUGAGUUCAUCGACCGCCUGCCGGAUGCUAACCUGCAGCAACAGGGGUAUGACACUCAAGUUGGUGAUAGUGGAGCAAAGCUUUCUGGUGGCCAACGCCAGCGCAUCGCAAUUGCUCGAAGCAUCGUUCGGAAGCCGAAGAUUGUUAUACUUGACGAGGCUACCAGUGCCAUUGAUGUCCGGGGGGAGAGGAUUGUUCAAGCUGCCCUCGACAAGGUCUCUAAAAAUCGGACGACGAUUACCAUUGCUCAUCGUCUUUCGACCAUCAAACAAGCCGAUCGGAUCGUUGUCCUGAAGAAAGGCAAGGUGGUUGAACAAGGCACCCACGAGAGCCUUCUCGAGGACGAUGAGGGAGUGUACUAUGGGCUGGUUCACGCUCAACAGCUUUCACUCGGUGACCAAACGGAAGACAACAACAAUGACAAUAAGGAGGAAGAGCUGGACGCAGUUCUAGCCCGAGAGAAGAGCGCCACAAGAGUGGAGGUCGACAGCACACGCCAGAAGACCGAAGCAACGAACCGCAACAUAUUCCAGAGCUUCGGCUUGUUGCUCUACGAGCAGCGAGACCGCUGGCUGCUCUGUAUUUUGACUGUAGUCUUCGCGGCUUGCUGUGCGGCCGGAACUCCUCUGCAGGCCUGGCUGUUUGCAAAGGUCAUAGUGGUUUUCAACCCCGAAAACAGCCCGGACAAGAUCCGUAGCGACAGCAACUUUUGGUCGCUCAUGUGGGCUGUGCUGGCCAUCGGUGUCGGCUUGUCGUACUUCUUCAUGGGAUUCGUGUCGACUCACUUGUCACAUUUCAUCUGUGCAGCUUACAGGCAGCAAUACUUCGAGGCCAUCCUGUUCCAGAAGACCUCGUUUUACGACGAGGAGGAGAAUGCGCACGGCAGCCUGACCGCCAGGGUAGCCGGUGACCCCAAGCAGCUGGAAGAGCUGCUCGGCAUCAACAUGGCCAUGGUGUACACGGCAAUCUUCAACAUCAUUGGCACUCUAAUCAUCGCCUUUGCAUUCGGAUGGAAGAUUGCCUUGGUUGCCCUCUGCGUCACAAUGCCCAUCAGUAUACUAGCUGGCUAUCUUCGAUUCAAGUACGAGAUCGAAUUCGACAAGAUGAACGCGGCGGUGUUCGUCGAGAGCUCCAAGUUCGCCGCUGAAUCUAUCGGAGCUUUCCGAACCGUGUCGGCACUGACCUUGGAAGACACCACUUGCUCGCGAUACGAGGAUCUCCUUAAAAGCCACGUCAACCAUGCUUUCAAGAAAGCCAGAUGGAACAGCUUCGUUUUCGGAUUCUCAGACUCGGUUUCUUUGGCCUGUCAGGCUCUCAUAUUCUGGUAUGGCAGCCGGCUGCUGGCCUCUGGAGAAUACAGCCCUCAAACAUUUUUCAUUUCUUUUAUGGCAGUGUUUCAGGGCGCCGAGGCUGCAGGUCAAGGUCUCAGUUUCGGGCCCAACGCAGCUCAGGUUACAGGAGCUUCGAACCGGAUACUCAACAUGCGCAAGUCCAGAAACCAGGACCUCAUCCCGGCCACAGAGAAGAUCCCAGACGCCGAUGGAGGUGUCCAGAUCGAGUUGCGCGACAUCCAUUUCAAGUACCCGACUCGUGACGUCUCCGUUUUCAAGGGGCUAAGUCUGACCGUCGAGAAAGGUCAGUUCGCUGCUCUCGUUGGGGCAUCUGGCUGCGGCAAGACAAGCAUUGUCUCAUUGAUGGAGCGCUUCUAUGACGUCCAAAAAGGGGCUAUCCUUUGCAACGGUAAGAACAUCAACGACGUCAACGUUUACGAGUACCGGAAGCAGCUAUCGUUGGUGGCCCAGGAACCUACCUUGUUCCAGGGGACAAUCCGGGAGAACAUCCUUUUAGGAGUGGACGACAAAGCUGUGACCGACGAACAGUUGCAUCAGGUAUGUCGCGAUGCUUCCAUCCACGACUUCAUCAUCUCCCUUCCGGAGGGUUACAGCACAGACAUUGGCAGCAAGGGAGUCUCUCUGUCUGGUGGCCAGAAGCAGCGAGUGGCCAUUGCUCGUGCGCUCAUCAGAAACCCAAACAUUCUGCUCCUUGAUGAAGCGACGAGCUCUCUAGACUCCGAGUCAGAGAAGUUGGUCCAGGCUGCCUUUGAGAAAGCAGGAAAGGGCCGCACCAUGUUGGUCGUUGCUCAUCGUCUCGCGACGGUGCAGAACGCAGAUGUCAUCUUCGUCCUGGGAGAAGGCAAGCUGCUGGAGAAGGGCAGCCACUCGGAGCUGCUGAAGAAGAAGGGAGUGUAUUGGCACAUGUGUCACAGCCAGGCGCUCGACCGAUAG